AUGAAGGACAUAGCGGAUGUGCCCAUGAGCGACCAGUCACUGACAGCGGAAGAAGGAACGAAAAAUAAGAAGAAAUUAAAGAAAAAGGCAUCCAUCAAAGGGACAACGACGACAGACAGCGAAACGGAAGAUGGCGUAAGAAAGAUUAAGAAGAAAACAGAAGGGCAUGAUGAAGGUCUGGUUUUAUUUGUUUUAUUGUUAGGAAGCGUCCUGGGGCUUCCCAGGGAAAUAAUUGUGGACGAUGAAGGGCCGGCCCUUAAAGCUAAUAAGCUGCAAAAUAUCGAAGAUGAAGGGUUUGAUGAGGAAAGUCCGCCAUGUUUUAUUGAAUAUAAGGUUAUGAAACGAUUAAAGGGGUCCUGCAUUAAACUCCACGAGCAUACGCAGGCCUGUGUUGCGGAAAACUACCUUGAGGUAGCCCAUCCACAAUGCAUGUAUAAGUAGAAAAAAACCAGAAUAAAUAUGUUAUGAAGAACCGCAAUGGACAAUGAUAACGAUAUAAUUCUUAAAACACAUGGGCUAUAUUAUAUUUUAGGUUGUAUUAUAAAACUUUGAUUUUACAAUAAAAAGAUGCAGUGA